AUGGCCGACGAGCAAGGAGGGAUGCGUGGCGUCAAGCGGUUGAUGGUCGAGGCAGGUGGCGGCGCCAUUAUUGGCCAAAUGCGAUGCGGGAGCUCCAAGGAACCCGCCGUAAGAGGUGGCAGGGAUGCGACAGGGCUCGGCAACGCUUGCACGGCUUGUUGCGGGGUGUUGCUGUCAAUGCCGCCUAGUGCGGGUGGUGAGGGGACUAGGUGGUGGUUAGUGGUGGUGGUGAUGGUGACGGUAGUGGUGGUGGUGGUAGCGGGCAUCGGGCAUGGUCAUGGUACUUGGUCUAGUGGUGGUGGGCCGAGGGUGGUAGCGGUACGGCCAGGGUUCGUUGGACAGCGGUAG